AUGACUUCUUUAUUUCAAAAACUUUUUGCUCGGCAUCAUUUGUCGACAACAAUAACAUGGUUACGUACACUUUCACUCACGCCAGUCUAUCAUGGUAAACCACCACCUGAAGUUUUCCGUGGUAGCAAUUGGCAACCAGCUGAUACAAUUAAAACUGAUGAUUCUACUGUUCCAUUCGGUGUACCCGAUGAUUGGGAUAAAUAUAAUCGUAUUGUUUAUCCACCGGCAGCACCUGGAGAAGAACCACGAGCAGGAUAUGUUAAUCAUUGUCGAACGUAUAUACGAGGAAAUAUUAAGAAAUAUUGGUUUCUCGCGCAAAUGGUACGUGGCAUGAGUGUUGAUGAAGCUGUUAAACAAUUAUCGUUUCAUAAAUUACCAAUAGCCAUAAAAAUGCGCGAUACACUCAUAGAAGCACAAGAAAUGGCUGUGAAAGAACAUAACAUCGAAUAUAAAUCUAAUUUAUGGGUCUCUCAAUCGUACAUAAAACAAGCAUUAAUCGUUAAAGGAUUACGUCGACGACCAAAAUAUAGUUUUACUGCCAUACACUACCGUUACUUUCAUUAUAUGAUUCGUCUUGAAGAAGGACCCGCACCUGGUAAAGAAGGUCUCUAUGGACCUCAAUUGCCUGAAUUAAACGAUCGCCUUAAUAAAAGAUUAGAGUAUUUGAAUAAUCGCAAAUUGUUAGGCACUAUUGCAUGA